AUGGCUCCUCCCACCCCGUCCUCUCACCGUCCGCGCAAGAAGCACAAGCUGCCCGGCUCGGUUCCCGGUUCGAACAACAGCCUGAUCCUCAGCUCGGGCAACGAGAAAUCUUUUCCGGCGUUCCCCUUGGUGUCGUUCCUCUGGGCUGGCCGCGCUGGUGUCUCCCAAUGGCUCAUCUUACCACUCAUUCUGAUGGCCGUCGGCCUGUUCCGAUGGGCUGUCAGUCUCUGGGGGUACUCAGGCUUCCAGGUUCCUCCUAUGCAUGGCGAUUUUGAAGCGCAAAGACACUGGAUGGAACUCACCAUUCACCUCCCUAUCUCAAAGUGGUACAUAUACGACCUACAGUACUGGGGGCUCGACUAUCCCCCCCUGACUGCAUACCAUAGCUGGCUGCUAGGCAAAGUCGGUUCGCUGUUUGACCCCGCCUGGUUCGCCCUCGACUCAUCCCGUGGCAUCGAGCAUCCGGACCUCAAGGUGUAUAUGCGGGCCACUGUCUUUGUCUCUGAAUAUUUCAUCUAUAUCCCUGCGAUCGUAACCUUCCUUCGCCGCUAUACCCGCGCACAAGGUGUCCAUGCAUGGUCGAGCUCCAUCGCCCUAGUCGCCAUUCUCAUGCAACCAGCGACGAUUCUCGUUGACCACGGUCACUUCCAAUAUAACACGGUCAUGUUAGGCUUGGUUGUUGCCAGUCUCGAUGCAAUCCUUGCGGGACGGAUGCUCUGGGCGUGCAUCUUCUUUGUCGGCGCCCUGGGGUUCAAACAGAUGGCGCUCUACUACGCUCCGAUCAUGUUCUCGUUCCUCUUGGGUGUCUGCUUCUUCCCUCACAUCCGUAUUCUCCGCCUUAUCUGCAUCUCGGUCGUCACCCUGGCUGCGUUUGCUGUCUUGUUUGCGCCAUUACUUUUGGGUGCCAUCGGCGAGGAAGCCCACGCGGCCCAGGCGUCUAUGCCGCUUCCCCCGUUGCUUGAGGCGCUUCCCCUCGCUGCGAAUCAAAAAUCAUGGGUUUACGGCCCCGUCUUCCAGAUGGCGCAGGUCAUUCACCGGGUCUUUCCCUUCGCUCGUGGACUCUUCGAAGAUAAGGUCGCCAACGCAUGGUGCGCUAUCCAUACUUUCUACAAGCUCAACCGCUUUCCGGCUGCAUUGCUUCAAAGAGUCUCCCUGGGAGCGACACUGGCCUCCAUCUUCAUUCCCAGUGUAGUAAUUUUCCGCCACCCGCGCCCGUCUCUACUGCUUCUCGCUCUCUCCUGUGCCGCCUGGGGUUUCUUUUUGUUCUCCUUCCAGGUACACGAGAAGAGCGUUCUCCUCCCCUUGCUGCCCAUGACGCUCCUGCUCGCAAGUGACGGCGGUCUCAGCAAGGAAACUCGCGCCUGGGUUGGAUGGGCCAACUUGCUCGGGGUCUGGACAUUAUACCCUCUCCUGAAGCGGGACGAAUUACGCAUUCCUUACUUCGUCAUCACCCUCCUCUGGGCAUAUCUGAUGGCGCUUCCCCCUACCUCCCUGGAGACCUAUCGCAGCCGGCCGUCCUCGGAGCAGUCCACUGUGGCGCUGGAGCCUCAUCUGCUCACCAAACUCGUCCACAUGGCCUUUUAUGCGGCCAUGAUCGGCUGGCAUCUCGUCGAGGCGUUUGUGCCUCCCCCGGCGAGCAAGCCAGAUUUAUGGGUGGUUCUCAACGUCUUGAUCGGAGCAGCCGGGUUCGGACUUGCGUACCUGUGGUGUCUGUGGAAGUUGAUCACGCAGAGUCGCCGCAUUGAUGAAGAGAUUGAGGCAGAGGCCUCUCGCAAGAAGAAGGAGUGA